AUGCAACCGAGGCAAGAGGCAGAGGAGCGGCGAGCGGCGGGAGCUGCUCUCCCGGAGGAGGCAGCAGCGGGGAGCGGACGGCAGCCGGGACGGCAGCGCUGCCGGGCGGGUGCGGAGCCCCUUCUCUCCGGCCGGGAACGCCGUGGCACCGGGAGGGAGCAAAAUGAUGGUCCAACACUCAGGCCAGGUGUCUGCAUUAGAAGUCAGCGCCUCCGCAAUUGUUCCCACUUUGUCCCCUGCAGGGUCACUGGGGUUUGAUGAUUUCACAAAUCUAACCCCACUGGUGAAAGAGGAACUGAGGUUCACCAUUCAGAACAAGCGUCAGUCGCACAGGAUGUCUUCUACAUUGGACACAGUGACAGUUUCUGAAAGGCCCGUUGAAACAUCAAUCAUGAAAACAGAGUUUUCUCCUGAAGAGGAUGAAAGAAAAAAGAGAAGAAGGGAAAGGAACAAAAUUGCUGCUGCAAAGUGCCGAAACAAAAAGAAGGAGAAAACAGAAUGUUUGCAGAAAGAAUCAGAAAAGCUGGAAACUAUCAAUGCAGAAUUAAAAGCCCAGAUUGAAGAGCUAAAGAACGAGAAGCAGCAUUUGAUAUACAUGUUAAAUCUUCACAGGCCCACUUGUAUAGUUCGGGCACAAAAUGGAAGGACACCUGAAGAUGAAAGGAAUCUUUUUAUUCAACAGAUCAAAGAAGGCACAUUACAAGGUUAAAUGAUACGGCAAAUAUGGAAGUAUUUGUAGUGGUUUUUAACAGCUACCAGAAUCCAUGGAGGAUCUGACAUAACGUGUAGGAUUCUAUUAGUCAAGAGCCUUUAGGAAAGGCAGAUUGCUUAAAGCGGAAAGAAUCAUUUUGGCUUGACAGCGAUUCUUCCCCUUGGAAGAUCUGGUCUCAAUCAAAUUGAAGAGCCUUCUGCCUCAAAUAUAGGUUUUGCACCUGACAUACUCGCUGUUCCUAGGAGCUACAGACAACAGCUUCAGAAGUUUUAGCUCUCUGCUAGUAUACAGUAUCCGCACUCACGUUUGUGCUAGAACACUAUGACUUCCGAAGAUGCACAUGGUACAGACAGCUGUGCUGGAUGGACACUCUUCCUCCUUGUCGCUAGUAAGGAAGGCGGACUGACAGUACUUUCAGUUUCCAAGUUUCCAGGAGGAUGGUUUCAUGUACCGAUGCAUAACGUUGCAUUCUAACCUCACACACACACACACAGACACACAGAGACACACAAAAAGCUUUUAGUUCCAACUAAGCUUUGUAAUUUCUUCUUCACAACACUUGUGUGGGUUUUCUUCUGUGACUCAUCUCAAAGACCGAAUCUGAAGAGCCUCGUGGGUGUGACAAAGAUGCUCCUUGCAGAAUGUCCAUACCUUGUGUUUUAGGAGCUGGAACCCCACCUGCUAUCCUUUGGGGGCUACAGUUUUAACUUGCAUUGCUGAAGAGCAGCUUGUACCACCACUUGGUGAAUUGGACCCACUGGAAAGAAGAAACUAACUAUGGAGGGAUAUUGCCACAGGUUUUGCCUGAAUAAAGAACUGCAGGACUGAAUCUCAGGCUCAUGAAUAAUGAAGAGUUGAAAAAGUAAGAUAAUCUAGGAUCAAAUCCUGCAAGCCUUAAUUCACACUAUUAACCCUCACUCACAGAAGAGGUUCCAUGGACUUCAGUGGGUCUGUUUACGAGAUAGUUCUUAUAAGCAUGAGCUUGAGAAAGCUUUUUCCACCCUGGUCAGGAUUACUUCCUUCUGCCAGGUGAUUCAGAGGGAAAAAUUGAUUGUAGCUACUUUCAUUUUGUAUUUGAGUGGCAACUACAGCCAAUCAAAAGUGUUACUUAAAACCUAAAGGAGGAAAGAGUUUUGAUGUAGUGAAUAACUGGUUUUGGUUUUUUUUUAAUCAAAUACUAACCUUGGAUGUUUCUGAACUGGUAGAAGAGCUGCUGGAUGAAACAGUUGGAGCUACGAGUGUUUGAAUUCUGAUGUUUCUGUGAAAUUCUGAGAUUGUUUAAUCCUAUGAAAUAUAUCCUUACAAUUUUUUGUAAAAGAAAAUAUUAUCCUUAUUUAUCACUAUCAUAAUGGAUAGAGUUAAUAAAUACUGCGAGCAAGAGAAAACUGAAACCACAAGUGUUGUGCUGUCUUUUUACUUUUACCUCUUGGUGUUUAAUAUUAUAUAUUCCUAAACUUCACCAGUUGUAGUUGAGACACAGCUACUGAAAACACGUAUCCUUCAUCUUUUCCACAGAUGAGGCACUAAGUAUCUUGAACCACUGGGUGCAGGCAUUAUGUUUUCCUAAGUUCUGUACCUCCAUCAGUGGUGUCUGGCUGUACAAUGGCACCAUUUAAGCAAAGCAGACGAUAAGAAUGGAGCUUACAGUACAUAAUAUUUUACACCAGUUAUGCAGUGUCAAAACUGUGGUUUUGUUCUAAAGGCUAAGCUUAAAGAUACCUCGGCCAUAAGCUUUUUACCCUGCAAGUCCUGGAUGAGUCUAUUGGAUAUCAUACCUGAUCCUUAUAUGAUCGUUAUAUUCUGCAACAGAACUUCUUAGUACAUUUUCCUAAGAUCUGGAUAUAUUGUAAUGUCCUAUAUUGCAUUUUAAACAUAUGUACUUCAUGUAUCUGAAAAGUUAAUGUGUUAAAGAUGACAUGCUAGGUCUGA